GUCAAUGACUGAUGAAAAUGUCAAAAUCCCAGAUUUUUCCGACUUGUGUGAUUCGGUUGUGUUUUUCUAAUUAAAUUAAUUUAUAAUUCCCCAUCAUUUAAUUAAUUUAUUCUAGUCAUGUAACAGAAACCACAAAAACGUUGUGUCCUAGUAGUUGUAGUAGUAGAAUAAAGUGAAAUAAAAUGGUUUCUAUUAUAAAAAACCAACUGUUGAAACACCUCUCUAGGUUUACAAAAAAUUUAUCGGCUGACAAAAUCAACCUGAGUACGUUUAAAGGAGAAGGCGAGCUUUCCAACUUGGAACUGAAUGAAAUUGUUUUGACUGACUUGCUGGAACUGCCUUCUUGGUUGCGUUUGACGAAAGCGUGGUGCAAUAAAGUGUCGUUUAGAAUACCGUGGACGAAAUUAAAGAGUGUUCCUAUUCAUUUGAGUUUGGAUGAAGUUAACAUAACUGUGGAAACAUGUGAGGAAUUACGAUCAAUGUCCGCACAAGGGGGCCUAUCGUCGUACGCCAUACCAGGAAAGUACAGUUUUAUUCAUAAAGUCAUUGAUGGCAUUACUGUCACAGUCAAUACGGUCAACAUACUAUUCAACAGUCCAGCUUUCACAGCUAGUGUCCAGCUGUCGCGCAUAGUAGUUGAAUCAAAAACCCCAAAGUGGGGCAAAUCUGACUUACGAAUGACAAGACUUAAAGACGCGGAAAAAGGACAACUAUUGAUUUUUAAAGAGCUUGAAUGGCAGACUGUGAGAAUUGAGGCCAAAUCAACCAUUGACAAAAACCUAACGCCUUUGCGUCUGCUAACAAACCAGGCCAGAUGCCGCAUUGUAAUCAAAAAGAGACUAUCAGACUGUUUCAUAAUGGGGUCCCGCUUGGUUAUAAUCCUGGAUGAUCUCCUCUGGGUCCUCACUGACUCCCAACUCAAAGCAGCCUUACAUUUUCUUGAUUCUUUAGCUGGUCUUGUCCAGAAAGCCACCCAAAUCACUAGGAAGGCGAAAGCGGCGAGAAAACUUGAAGAAUUUCCGGAAUACCAAGCCCAACAAGCUCAGGAAGCGAGAUCAAAAAGCGGAACGGCGAAUAAGCCUAGCAUUUUCACGUUCUAUGAUGUGGUUGAGACUUCUUAUCAUUUUCUUUCAAAUCAAAUUGUGCUGCACUUGUGUGAUGAUCCAGGGACUGGGAGAUCCACCCAUCCUAAUCUUAAAGAUGGAGGGGCUUUACAGAUUGCAGUUAGGAGGUUCCAGAUUGAUUUUUAUCCUUAUCAUUUAGCCAAAGGGAAUAGGAAACAUUGGCCAAAGUAUAAUGACGUGGCGGUGCCACAUACCAUGUGGCAAGAACAGGCGUUAAUGAGUUUCAGAACCAAGUUCUUUGAUUUGAUUGACCGCAGCAAGAUUCAACACACACCAUUGUCAAGGUCGUCCAAAGUUUUUAAUUAUGGUGAUGAUAGUCCUCAAGUUGUAGCUUAUAAAGCGGGGAAAAGCCCCAAUCUCAAGAGACAAGAGGGUGGUGAGGGAAUAUAUCCUGAGAUGGGCCACUAUGUUUAUUCAAAGGACAAUAUUUUUGACCAAAAGCAGGCCCAGCCAGGGUUGUCCCCACGAACAACCCCCAGCCAGUCUCCAAAUCUCGACCAGAAGAAACCAGUGAGUCCUAAUCAAAAAGAAGUGAAACGGCGAAUUGAAAUGCAGUUGAAUAAAUUAAUGACGACUUGCGUUAUCAUGAGAAUUGAAGACUUCACUCUGUAUAAAGUUACCACGUCCGGGAAAAAACAAGCCCUUAAAGAGUUUGUGGCCGCUCAGCAUAAAAGGAAAGAUAAGAAUGCGGCUGCAGGCGAUCGUGACCACAUGUCGUUACCAAAAGACGCAAGUAUUGUCCAUGCAGAGUUCAUAUAUUAUUACUAUCCAAGCGACGUGCCAUUUCCUUUGCCACCUCCAAAAUUCUACGUUCACUUAAAUCCCGUCCAAAUAGUCUUUGAUGUGGAUAGUUGCUUAUGGCUCAACUCCUUCGGUUUAAACCUAUACCAGUCACUAAUGGCUUCAAAACAAGAAACGUCUCCAUCGAACUACACUUACAUUGACGUAAAAGUCGAGGCAAUACUCCCGAGAAUAAGUUUCGAAAGCGCCAUCGACUACCCCAACCAAAGAGACCGGCCAAAAUCCCUAAGUUUCCAAGUAACACGUAUCACCAUAACAAACGUACGAAGUCUUGAACAAUCCUCAAGAGCCGAUUUAGCAAAGUGCGUCGACUCAUUCCACAUGGGUUCUUUAUUUUUCGGAUCGGAGUUUCCCUCUCGGGGUACCGAUUUUUAUGUAGUUACUCAAAAAUUCCUAGACCAUAUCUCAACAAGUGAUAAUAUACGAACUGUGCCUAAUGAGCUCAACGUUUCGUCUUUGGAAGCAUUGGUGGAACAGUUGAGCAGAGAGUUAUUAUGGACUGAAGCCAAGGAUGUGUGGUGUAUUAGCUUAGAUCCCGUUUGGGGCGACUUUUUAGGGGCUCGAGCUGUGGGUACAGGGAAACCGGUGCCGUUUUUGGAUGCAGUACCGGUGACGGUUUGGGUGCACACCCAAAUGGACCCGAAUUCGACCAUCAAGGAUACCACGAACGCUGAUAUUCAUGCUUUAGCGCACAUUUCUAACCUUGUGAGUGUGCAGCUGAACCAUUAUCAGUAUUUGUUUUUGUUGCGUUUGGCGGAAGACGCUUCUGAGAUGGUUACGUUUUUGUCUAUUGACUCCAGCAAAAUUUUAAAAGUUGAAAGUAGCGGCUCUCUGGUUGUCGGUGCUCUGAUUCCACAACUCGAAGUCACUUUCGUUAUGCCAUCUCAGUGUCCCGGGAAAGAGUCCUCUGGUGGCGAUGUCGAGUCUUUCGUUCCGGAUUCUUCAAGUAUUGCCGAUGAUAUUGUGGUCGGUUCAACGGCGACCGUUUGGCAAACAAGUACUCUCUCUAUUACUCAGGAUAAUGUUAAAAAGACCAUGGCGAAUGGGUCUGGUACUCAACUCGAACUGUCCACUAGUUACUCAAUGGAUUUUCCUCAGAGUAGUCCUGAAAUUAAGUCCAUGACGAAGAGUGCGCAACAACCCUUCACGAACAUCAACAUCCAGAAUAAUUUCAAUGCUGGCUUCUCUUCAAUGAAGAAGGGUUUUACGACUUUAAUGUCUUCGUUAGAUAGUGCGUUGAAGCCCAGUCCCGACGAUACCAGUGACACGGCAUCCAUAAGAAGCGAUGCUUCUAGUGAUUCAGAGAACUAUGUUCUGAUUAGUAUGGAGGCAUCCGAUGGCGCCGUUUCUGACCUCAUGUUUAACGUGAAAGAAUUUUCCGCGGAAAACGCGGCCCCCGUAGAAGUAGCCAGUGAGGUGCUGGAGGAUGAAAGCACCAUCACCACGACCAGUGAUCACUCUUUAACCAGCAGUUGUAGACGAAAAGAUUUGAUUUCAGUUUCUACGUUUAAGUUAAACAAGGUGGAAUUUUUGCAACAGUCAAUGGGUUAUUCGUCUUCCAUUAAAAUCCAAGUAGGGAAUAUUAGUAGCGAUGACUGUGUUUCCAUUCCUUGGGAUGAAUUUCAGAGCAAGUUUAGUUCCCGAGCGAGAGCAUGGGCCGACAAUCCCUCAAACAACACAACAUCGCCAAAAGUCAAACUACGACUGGACCACACUUUAACAUUACCAAGCUCGAAAUCAAUGAUGCAGCUAGAUUUUAGAGACCGAGACAACAUGAAGAAGCUCUUCAGAGACCUCCUAACAAUAAAAGUCGCGGAUUUAUAUUUAGAUUUAUCAAUGAGCACAGUGACAGGUUUAGCUGAUUUAGCAGAAGACGAAAUCAUCCCGAUCCCGAUGCCGAUGCAGAUUUCUUUGGAUAACGUUCAGCUACACUUGAACGAAGACCGACCUCCUGUGAACAUAACGUCCCCAGGCCCCAUCCCCAUCGAUUUAAAUGUGACUCAGUUAUAUAUAAACCGGUCCGAAGACGGCGUUUUCAAUAUUCUCCCAAAUAAGCCGAACCAGAUGUCGUCUACAUCGUCGAUUGCUUCAGACCACGACCAAAGCGCUUCAAAGCUAAACCGACAACUGACGUCUGAUAACGAAGAACUGCGGAGACGCUUAGCGGCGUUCGAGAGGGUUUCUGAGGAGAAUCGGUCGCUGCGGAAGUCGGAAGAGGAAACUGCGGUUUUGAGGUCGUGUUUGGCUUCAGCGCAGGACGAAGUGUCGCGACUGCUUGAGGAGAAGAAGAAACUGCUCGAGGAAGUAAAACAGCUGAAGAGCCAAGUUAGUAGUUCCACUAACCGACAGUGGAUCAGUAAAAGAUAGCAAUGCUGUUUUGACUGUACAAACUGCUGCUCGAAUGUUAAAAAGACAUAGUGGUAGUUUAGUCAGUCGCUGUUUAAAGUAGUUGCAGUUUAUAUGUGGAAAGUAGCCAUUUCGCUAUUCUUUAGCGCUUAAUUUUCAAAGUUGUGUAUGGCUUCAUUCAAGUGGAAUGUGAUUGGUGUUUAAUGGCAAAGGAUAUGUAUUCAAACGUGUUUUUGGCACAGUUUGGAUUGCUCCACAUUUGUUUUGAGAGAUAUUAUGUUAAGAAUGCCAUAUUCUGAUCGAUCAGGAUCAUCUACUUGGUGCAAGGAUAAGUGCAAGAGGUUGCAAUAAGUUACGUAAAGUAGAAAACUAAUGGUUGAUAUUUUUGUUCCAAUUAUAGUUAGAUUACGAAAAACUAAUAUUUUUUGCGCUGUGAAGUAUUUUUUGAUACAAUAAUUUGUUGUAUAUUAUUGGUUGGAUAAGUGUAAAUACUUCUAUGUAAAGUUAAAAUUCAGAAAUUUUGUGUAGGUGUAAAUAAAUUUGCUUAGAACGUCAAUGCCAAAGAAUGUUUGAAUAUUAUUAUAAUCUUCACUGAUAUCUUUCUUCCAUCCACUUAAAUUUUAUUAGAAUUGAGACACGAUAAUAGACUGGGUUUUAUUGUUAUUUGAAAUAUUUAGUGACUUUGUUACAUAUGACUUUAUAUUUUAGUAAAUCAUAUAUUUAUUUCUUUCUUGAUGGAGUUGUUUUAGUGAGUACUUAGACCUUUACUUUAUCUA